CACACACACACACACACACACAUUUGCCCAACCUCUGCCUCCCUCUCUCAGCGUAUAGGCAGAAGAAGCGCGCGUCAGUUCAGAUUCAGUGCCGCAGUUUAUCUCCACUACACAUCUCCAAGCUGAGAGAAGUUGCGGAAAAGACACGGGAGCACUUGCUCUGUUUUUGCUACUUUUUGCGCAUCCACACAUCUUAAUAAUUUGAGGAUAACAGUUAAAUAAUUUUAACUGAAAGGCUGCAAGUGAAGUUGUCGAUCUAUGGAGCGAUACGGCGAACGUGUGGAAACUUAAGACACCCUUCUAGCGUGUUUAAUCUGACUAUUGUGCCUCGAGCAUCAUGUCUGCGAUCAGACGAAAAUUCGGAGAAGAUUAUCAAGUGGUGAACACCAACCGGACCAUGUCCUUUUCUGCUCCGGCCAAAAGAAAGCGCCAGCGGUUCGUGGAGAAAAACGGGCGCUGCAACGUCCAGCACGGUAACCUUGGCGGGGAGACUAGUAGGUACAUUUCCGACCUCUUCACCACGCUCGUGGACCUAAAGUGGCGCUGGAACCUGCUCAUUUUCCUCUUAACGUACACGGUCGCGUGGCUCAUCAUGGCAUCUAUGUGGUGGAUCAUCGCUUACAUCCGUGGGGACCUCGGUCACGGCCACGACGAAUCGUACACGCCGUGCGUCGCCAACGUUUACAACUUUCCCUCCGCUUUUUUGUUCUUCAUCGAGACUGAGGCGACUAUAGGCUACGGGUACCGAUAUAUAACGGAGAAGUGCCCGGAGGGCAUCAUACUUUUCCUGUUCCAGUCGCUGCUGGGCUCGAUCGUGGACGCGUUUCUCAUCGGCUGUAUGUUCAUUAAGAUGUCUCAGCCCAAGAAACGCGCAGAGACGCUCAUGUUCAGCCAGGACGCAGUCAUCUCACAACGGGACGGGAAGCUCUGUCUCAUGUUUAGGGUCGGGAAUCUCAGGAAUAGCCACAUGGUGUCGGCGCAGAUCAGGUGCAAGCUCAUCAAGUCUCGUCAAACCCCUGAGGGAGAGUUUCUGCCAUUGGAUCAGCGGGAAUUGGAUGUAGGAUUUGGAACGGGUGCUGACCAGCUCUUUCUUGUCUCACCCCUCACAAUAUGUCAUGAGAUCAAUUCCAAUAGCCCCUUUUUCGACUUGUCUCAGCGCUCCCUCAUGAACGAGCAGUUCGAGAUUGUAGUCAUCCUAGAAGGCAUUGUGGAAACUACAGGCAUGACGUGCCAGGCACGAACAUCUUACACAGAGGACGAGGUUUUGUGGGGUCACCGCUUCCUACCCGUCAUGUCGCUGGAGGAGGGAUUCUUCAGGGUGGACUACUCUCAGUUCCAUAACACAUUUGAGGUUCCCACUCCUCCAUACAGUGUGAAGGAGCAGGAUGAGAAGUCCUCCUUGCCCUCCCCCGGUCCUGUUCUCUCCCCUACGUUGCUUGAUGGUCGUAGUCACAGAGAGCGCGUUUUCUCCUUAGAUGGAGUUCCUCUCACUGAAGAACCUGGGUCCAAAUUACCAAGCAAGCUCCAGCGUAUGAGCUCCAAGAAUGGAAAAGAGGUCCUCAAAACUGGAAGUGCGCAGCCGACAGAAAAAGCCUCCAGCACAGGUGACCUGCCCCUCAGAGUGCAGAGGCUUGGAUCCCUGGUGGGUCAGGGGGAGGCGGAAAAUCAGCUCCAGCUCAAACCUCUUAAGAUGGGUUCAGAGGCCCACACCCAGUCGGCAGGAGAACUGGAGCAUCACAGACUGCUUCAAAUGCCUGCUCCGGUCCCAGGGCCGAGCCUUAACCCAUUGCCUGCCUCCAGUGGCCGACCAGAGGACAACCUCCCGCCUAAAUUACGCAGAAUGAAUGCAGACCACUGAAUGGGUCUUUAUUUCUCACACGGAGAUGAACAGUGAGGCUUAGGAGGUAGAGAUCGUUCUCGAAAUAAUUUAAUGCUGAAUAAUAUUUAUUUAAAAAGGACUACAGUAUACUGUGAUCCCUCUUCUCUACGCUUCUGGAAGAGCCACAUCCAUUUGGUCAACAAUCAAACUCAUUGCUUUGCCCUCAAUAAUAUGAGUAUUGUGGAUAUUCUGAAUUCAAUUUGAAUUCAAAUAAGCUUCAGCUACUUUUAAAUAAUUAAGCACCUUUAUAGUAUGAAUACAAAAUAUCACAUGUAUUUAUUUAUGCGGUAUAAGUUAUCAAGAAUUUAUUUAGAGUAUGUACAGACUUUAAAUGUUUAAGGCUUUUUGUCAUUUCUGUCAUCAAAAUAUAUACUUACUUUCAAAUGCAUAUUUAUUGCAACCAAUGUUAAAAGAAAAUCUUGGUAUGUGAAUUAUUUACAUUCUUCGCUACUGAGGUUAAGAAAGAACUGAAAAAACUUUUUUCUUUUUCAAAAGAUAAUUUUUCCUCAUGCGAGAACAUUUUCAAAUUUUUCUUAAAUUGUUUCAUUGGGAGACACAGUGCAAAGAUGACAAUUAUUGUGCAGUUAAAUCAACAAUUCUGACUAUUUUAAUAAAUUCAUUAUUCAUUUCUACAAUAACUUGGGAAGUUUUAUUUUUGUCUUCCUGACUAGCAUCUACAAGUACGUUAGUUAUAGUGUCAAAACAGUCAAACCAAGGCAUGAAACAUUUAGUGAGUAAUUGAACCUUUCAAUCAUGGUAUUUGCAUUAGGUCCCAUCUGUGUUUAGGACCAGAGACCUGUGCAUCCUCUACAGCUAACACUAAUUAUCAUCUCCUUGGAAACCUUGUGAUCUUUACCUCGGGCAGUGGAAGUCAAAGUAAUUCAAUUUGCCUCCAAGAAAGAAUAACUCUGUACACAGACAUGCCAUAAACCACCAUUACUCUUAAUUAGAUGCACAGAGGUUCUCUUAAAUUGUUCAUUACCCAUGCAAUUCAUUUUUAAGGAAACAGCAGCAGCCAGAGAGAAUGUGAAAUAACAGUACAGUGUAUCCUGGGGGGUACGCAGCAAGAGCAUAGAUUUAAUCCCCAUUAAUGCAAACCAUAAUCAAGAAUACAGUACAGAAAAAAACAAGCAGACUACGGCAAAGAUUUCCUAAUUCAUUGUCCUCAUAAAUCAGUAUAUCUACUAUAUCUGCUGGGAAUGGAGAUUGGCAAAAUGUAUUUCAGCAUUGGAAAAAUCAAUCUAAUUUACAUGAUGAAAUUUCCAUAUUUUUGAAAAUUCCUUUUUAAUUCAACAAGUCUAUUUCAUAAACUUAAUAACCGUGAGGUCGGGAGUAAAUUCUCC